GUGCAGCAGUUGAAUAAGAGCUUGAGGGCCUCGUAUUAAACUAGGCAGUGCAGUGAUCUGUAGUAUGAGGUAGAGAAGCACAGUGGAACUGAUGGGCACAGAUCUCUGAACUCUCAGCCUGUAGCAAAGAUGGUAAUAAAUCUGAGGGACUUUUACAUGAACACAUUAAUUUACAGAUCAUUGGGAGUGGUCUGGUAUUUUGCUGUGGUCUUCCUUGCCCUGGGGACUGAAGUCCCAUUUGAUGUCACUGUUUGGUUAUAUGUUUACAAUAGACUCCCUUCGAGGAUUGGUUUUCUUACCUUUGCGCAGAAAGUCCUUUUUAAAAAUUUCUUAUGUGACGAUCGGUCAGUUAUUUUUGACUUCCAAAUUGCCAGCGGUUUAGACCAACUGUUUGAUUCAGACGGACCCCAAAAUUGGGUACGUUAAAGGAAAAACAGCUGGGCUGUUGGAAGAAGCGAGAACUAGCAAAGUCUUUGACUGAACUUUAGGGUGAGAACUGCCUGGGACGAAGAAAGCACAAUGGAAGAUGGCUGAAAGCCGCAAAAGACUACUGAGCACCCUGGAUCUGGGUAUCUUUGGACGAGUUCUUUUGAAUUGAUGGAUGUGUGAAACUGCUAAUAUGUAAACCACAAUCUGAUGGAUUUAGUGUGUAAGAGAAACAUGAGGACAGGUUAAAACAGGAGGUAAUCUUCUUGAAGAUGUAAAACUGCAGCACAACAGCAGUAAUGGGACAACCUAUUGCAGAAAGAUGUCGGCUGUGUCAAGACCUCUUCAAACAAGGAGCUGAACCCACAGAAUUAUGUGACCAACAAAGCCUGAGCCUUUUGCUUCACAAUGCAGUCCAGAUCCCUCGGCAGCUGGGUGAGGUACCUUCAUUUGGAGGCAGCAACAUUGAACCAAGUGUCCGCAGUUGCUUCCAACAUGGCCAGAACAAACCAGAGAUUGAUGUUGAACACUUUGUAGAGUGGAUGAGAUUGGAGCCUCAGUCCAUGGUGUGGCUGCCUGUUCGACACCGUGUGGCAGCUGCUGAAACUGCAAAACAUCAGGCUAAGUGUAACAUCUGCAAAGAGUACCCACUCGUAGGUUUCAGGUGCCGCAGCCUCAAACACUUAAAUUAUGACAUCUGCCGAAGCUGUUUCUUUUCGGGACGCACAUCCAAGGGGCACAAGUUACAUUACCCAAUGGUGGAGUACUGCACUUCAGCUGUGCCCACGUGUCCAAGUCUCCCCGCCUCGCGGAAACAGCUUCCUAGCGUCCACUCCUUCUAA